CUAAAACCAUUCUAACUUCCAAAUGAAUGAUUUUUUUAGGAGCUCUUACUCUUCUCUCUCUCUCUCUCUCUCUCUGAAAAUGUCCGCUGGAAGCCUUGUCAUUGCAGCAGAGCAUCCAACCUUUCUUUUCCUUCUCCUCCUAUAUUGGUCUGGUUAUGCAUAUAGCGAUGCUAAGUCCUCAUCUUCAUCAUCAUCCAAAUGUCACCCAAACUUCUAUUCUUCCUGCGGAAGCCUUCCCAAUAUUAGCCACCCUUUCCGCCUCAAAGACAACCCUAAAAGCUGCGGCCUAAAACAAUUUGAAUUGGCCUGCGAAAACAAUCGCACGAUAUUGUACUUGUCAGUCGAGAAGUACUACGUCCUAGACAUCAACUACACGUUUGCCACCAUUCGGGUAGUGGAUGUGCGCAUCGACCAGCGCAAUUGCUCCUCUCUUCUUCUUCCUUCAUUGAGUCUGGCUAACCUGCUUCCAGAUAUAUAGAUCUUCUACAUAUGUCUUCAAUCCUUCUACUACUGUCGACUAUCUUCCGACUGUAGUGCUGUUGGUGAACUGUGAGAGGCCGAUAAAAUAUGCAGAACAAAAGACGAUGAAUUACUACAUAGAUCUUGCUGUUGGGUCUAAUUCUAAUGGUUUCAACAAUUACUCUUCUUUAAGACGAAAUCAUUGGUAUAUGCUCGUAGGUUACGUGGAAAUGUCCGAUUUAGCGGAGUUUUGCACGGUGGAGGGGGUGGUUCCCGUUGCGGCUGAGCCGUUCCUCAAUGACCGGAACGUUUCCCUCUUGGACAUUAUUCACAGCGCCAUGGCCAAUGGAUUUGAGCUUAGAUAUUACAAGUACGAGCUGUGCCUCGCAGAGAGGUCCUACUUCCAUUGCCUCAAUGAGGGAAAGUAUAUUGAAUUCUCCUUCAAUGGGGACCUCUUCAACUUCAAUUGGCACCUCCACAACUACGGCUAUUAUUCUACAGGCUUCGUUGUUGAUGCUAAUUUCCUCGGUUUCGGAAUCUAUAUCAAUCUCCCAAUGCCAGCCAACGGGGGAAGACUCUAUCCCAGAAUCAUUGGCUUCAGUAUUAUCGGAUGUAUCUUACUCUCAAUAUCAAUAGGAUAUUUCCUAGUUGCAAGAGCUUUAAUUGGGCUAUCACUCUAUUUAGCAUUUUUGGUGUACAAAUUCAGGAGAAGGCAUGUAUGGAUGAACAACGACAUUGAAAAUUUCCUUCUAAGUCAAGACAAUCUCAUGCCCAUUAGCUACUCUUACUCUAAGAUUAGUAAAAUGACUAGCAGCUUCAACCACAAGGUGGGCGAAGGAGGCUUUGGCCUUGUGUAUAAAGGAAAGCUUAAAAGUGGUAGAAUUGUGGCUGUAAAAGUGUUGAAGAUGUCCACAGCUAUUGCUCGAGAAUUCAUCAAUGAAGUUGCCACCAUUGGUAGGAUUUAUCAUCUCAACGUGGUUCGUCUUGUUGGAUUUCAUGCUGGGAGAUCUAAACGCGCUCUUAUAUAUGAUUUCAUGCCUAAUGGUUCACUUGAAAAGUACAUAUUUUCUGAGGAAGGAGCUUUCUCCUUGACUUACAAGCAAAUGUUUGAUAUUUCACUUGGCGUGGCUCGCGGGAUUGAAUACUUGCAUGAUGGUUGUGACAUGAAGAUCUUGCAUUUUGAUAUCAAACCUCACAACAUUCUUCUUGACGAGAAUUUCGUUCCUAAAAUUUCAGAUUUUGGGUUGGCAAAAUUGUACCCAACUGAUUAUAGCAUUGUCUCUUUGACUGCAGCUAGAGGGACAUUUGGCUACAUGGCUCCAGAGUUGUUGUACAACAACAUUGGAGGAGUUUCACACAAAGCCGAUGUUUAUAGUUUUGGGAUAUUGUUGAUGGAAAUGGCAGGUAGAAGAAGGAACCUAAAUGCCUAUGCAGAUCACACAAGCCAAAUUUACUUCCCUUCAUGGGUUUAUGUCCAGUUCAACAAAGGGAAAGGGAUAGAAAUGGGGGAUGCCAGCGAAGAGGAAAAGGUGUUAGUGAACAAGAUGAUGUUGGUGGCUUUGUGGUGCAUUCAAAUGAAGCCCAUUGAUCGUCCGUCGAUGAGUAAGGUUGUAGAGAUGCUUGAAGGGAGUGCUGAACUCAUACCUAUGCCUCCCAAGCCCUCUCUUUGCCCACAAGAAAUGUCAAAUUAAUAUCACGGAAUCAACACAACACUUAAAGGGUAAGCACUUGUUAUUGAAUAAAUAGUUGAUGUUCAUCACUAUAAACAUUUGAAUUCAUGUAUGCCAAUGCCCGCCAUCUUCCAAGGCAUGGGUGAGCUUAGAGACUUGGUUUAUUGGAGCACGCCAUCUUCCAAGUAUAAACAUUUGUAAGUUAUAAUUUUUUUUUUACUAAAAUUAGAGCAAAUUAUAGUGCCAUUCAUGUACCAAAUAAAUUAAUCAUAAUAAAACUAUAUUUUUCUACCACCCAAA